AUUCCAUUCUGCUUAUCGCAAACUCGACUCUUCUCGACUCUCCGACUUCCACAUCAAGCGCCAACGCUCUCCUACCCGCAAGGUUCCAACCAACAAACAGGAAAGAUGACUUCCAACGUCGACCAGGCCAAGGGCUCUGUGAAGGAUGCUACUUCCAAGGAUGCUACUUCCAAGGUGCAGGAUGCUGCUGCCACCAAUUACGACUUUGCAAAGAACAAGGCUGCAGACAUUGCAUCUGCUGCCUCUGACAAGGCCCAGGAGGCCAAGGGCGAAACCAAGAGCAACAUGAAGGGUGCAUCGAACACCGCCCAGGACAAGGCACACGAUGCACACAAGGAGGGCAAGAGCAUGCUGGAGACUGCACAGGACAAGGCCAGUGGCCUGCUGGGAACCACCCAGAGCAAGGCUGAGGAUGCCAAGGACACUGCACAGGACAAGGCACAUGAGGCGCACAAGGAGAGCAAGAGCUACUUUGAGAGCGCAAAGGACCAGGCCGGCAAGCUGCUCGGUCAGGCUGGAGACAAGGCAGAUGAGGCCAAGGGCGAGGCCAAGGACAAGGCUGGUGAGGCGCACAAGGAGAGCAAGGGCCUGCUGAACUCUGCCUACGACACUGUCAGCAACACAGCGUCCUCUGUUGUGUCUGGCAGUGCCAAGCUGGUGCAGAACACAGCCAACUACGUCGGCGACACUGCUGAGAAGUUCACAAAGAAGUCAAAGGGUGCUCAGAUGAUAUUUGCACUAGUUUGGCUGAAGCAUGAUCUGCGUCUGGAUGACCAUCCUGGCUUCGUGCAAGCUGCAGAUUCUGCGCAGUCUGUCAUACCGUUCUUCUGCCUAGCGCCAGAGCUGUAUGUACACCUGCUGCGCACGCCAAAUGGCAUUGAAGGGUUGCUGGGAAGCCUGGCGGAUGUGAGGCACAGCCUGCGAGGGCAAGGCAGUGAUCUUGUGAUCCGAGUCAGCCCCCUACAGGCCGCCUUUCAGGAGAUCGUCCAGCACUGCAGCAUCAAUGAGAUCAUUGCAGAGGAGGAAGUUGAACACAGGUGGCUAACAGCCACAUCAGAUGUGAGCAGCAGCCUGCCAGCAGGCAUGCAGUGGCGUUUCUGGAAGGCCAGCCUUUUUGAGGACGAGCCGUACACAGACAAUUUCAGGGACUUUCAGCGGCUGCGGGGACGGCCCAUCCCGCCCCUCAGCGCGCCACAGCGCUUGCCGGGGCUCCCGGCUGGCGUCCAUGCUGGCGAGCUGCCCACCGCUGAGCAGCUGCUCGCGCAGCUGGCCCUUGCAGAUUCCCUCACCCUCCAUCCAGAGGUGCUGGAGGCAGCGCGAGGCAUCGUGGAGCAGUGGCCGCCAUCAGGGGCGCCAGUGUUGGCUCACCAGAUUGCAUGCGGAGGGGAGAUCGUGGUUCUGCCAGCCCUGCAGAGCUACCUUGCAUGCAGGAGACCAGCAGCUGAGCGGGCUUCAGCCAGUGAGCCUAGCACUUCCGGCAGGCUGCCAGUUGAGGGAGGCUUGAGAGAGAUGUCAGUGACUGUGGACCGGUUUGAGACGCCAGCGAUGCCGCUAGGGUCAUUCCCCGCCAUCUUCUCCCAGGCAGUGUCGCUUGGGACGCUCUCACGGAGACGCGCAUAUCAUGAGGCCCUGCAAGCAAUGGCCGAUACAUCACCAUUCUCAAGAUUCGUAGGCGGGAGUGCGGCAGUGCCGGCGCGGGCAGCGAUGGCGGCGGCAGAGACAGCGGACUUCCACUGGCACCUGGCCAGGGCAGACAGGGAACGCCGCCUGCAGGGCGGCGGGGCCCCUAGACACUGGCGGUGGCGGGGUCACAUGGUGGACUAUGUGUCCCGCAUGCCGGAGGAGGAGGGCGCGCAUAAACGUGCGGAUGCGCCUGCGCUGCUAUUGGUGUAUGCGCCAACGCUGCCGGGUUUCGGCCGCUCGGAGAAGCCGGCGCUUGCGUACUCACAGACGCUGUGGCUGGACUUUCUUCGCGAGUUUGUGACGGAGGUCGUUCGUCGGCCGGUCAUCGUGGUCGGCAACUCCAUCGGCGGCUUCCUCUCGGCUUCUCUCGCCGCCGCCUGCCCAGCCAUCGUCAAAGGCCUGGUGCUAGUGAACACUGCAGGGAAGAUAGAUCCGGCCUACACUCCCGAGGCGGCUGCGGAGGCGGCUAUCGCCAGCAGCUCAACAGGGCCUCCGGCUCUGGUGGCAGACCUCAUCAGCAGAGGGCUCUUCACAUAUCUGGAGCGCUCCAUAGCAAAGACACUUGUGAAGCUGUACCCGGUGGAUGCAACAAAUGCAGAUGAGUGGCUGGCUGAGGAGAUCUUCAGGGCAACCUGCGACCCUGGCGCUCUGGCAGUCUUCAGGAGUGUGUUCUAUCUGCCCAAGCCGCUGCCGCUGAACCACCUGGUGAGAGACCUGUACAGGGGCCGGGCGCUUGUGCUGCAGGGCGCUAAAGACCCCCUGAAUGAUGCCAGGGGCCGAGCAAAAGCGCUGCAGGAUUCCUGCCCCAAUGUCACCGUCCACUUUCUGGAUGCAGGGCACUGCCCGCAUGAUGAGGCGCCUGCAGAGUUCAACAAGGCUCUGUUGGUCUUUGUGGAAGAGGCGGUGCAUGCACAGGCAGUGGCAGAGCACAAAGUAGCAGUAGCAGCAUGA